UACAUCUUUUUUGGUGUGCCCUUGCAGGUUGGUGGUACAGGCCGGAAUAUAUCAUCAACGAGUUGAAUAUAAACUCCGUGAUAACUACCCCUUGUCACGAGGAGAUCUUGCCCAUCAACUCAUGGACUACACAGAGGCCUUAUCUUCGUGCUGUUUUCGGAUAUAAAUUACAUAUAUUUUCUGUUUUUGGAUAUAAAUUACAUAUAUUUUCUUAUUCGGUGUUAAUUAAAAAUUUUAAUUUAUUAAGUGGGUCCUUGCUAAUGUAGUUUUUAUUGUAUAAAUGCGUAGGGUAAAGUCCCAUUUGUCUCAUCAGAGGCCAUUCAUCAACUCCAUAUAUUUAUCUUCGUGCUAGCUGUGUUUCAUGUCCUUUACUGCAUUCUCACUCUGGCUCUAGGUAGAGCCAAGAUGAGAAGGUGGAAAGGGUGGGAAGUGGAAACCAAGACAGCAGAGUACCAAUUUUCACACGUCGUUCGCAUUCAGUCUUCACCAUUAUUGUGUAUGUGAAAGAAACAGUGAUUGGUGAUGAGGAGUUAAUUAAAUGUGGCAAGCUCAAUCUUGUUGAUUUGGCAGGAUCCGUAAAUAUCUUGCGUUCGGGAGCACGUGAGAGACAGUAAGCUUACAAGGAUUUUGCGAGACUCCUUAGGAGGGAAAACAAAGACAUGCAUAAUUGCUACUAUUUCCCCAUCUGCUUAUUGUAUGGAAGAAACACUUAGUACAGUAGACUAUGCUAGUUGUGCAAAAAGCAUAAAGAAUAAGUCUGAGGCAAACCAAAAGGUUUCAAAGGCUGUUUUGUUGAAGGACUUGUACAUGGAAAUUGACAGGAUGAAAGAAGAUAUUCAAGCAGAAAGGGAGAAGAAUGGUGUCUAUAUUUUUCAUGAAAGAUUUGCCAAGGAAGAAGCUGAAAAGAAGGUCAUGACCUCUCGACCACGCUUAGAUGUUUAUGUCAAUCUUCCAGCUCUGCACAAAUUAGAUAAGAUGCUUCUUCAAAUUCAAGAUAGUUUUGUCAAUACAGAGUUCUGGUAUAUAGACCAAGGGGUUCUAGCUCCAGAUGCUGAUGGUCCAUCUUCUUUUCGACAAGCACUUCAACGACAGGAAGAGAAAUGGUGGCUUCCUGAACUGCGAGUCCCUCCAUGUGGCCUAAACGAAAACUCAAGGAAGCAGUUGCAGCACAAGCGUGAUUGCACAAACCAAAUAUUAAAGACUGCAAUGGCCAUUAACAACACCACUUUAGUUGAAAUGGAUAUCCCUCAGUCCUAUCUAGGAAUCUCUUCCAAAGUUCUAGCAGAGAGCAAGAAAAUGGAAUUAGAAGACAAGGCCGAUGAUGGCGCUCAUUGAACCCUUUGCCAAUAUUAAAUUUAGGUUAUAUGUUAUUCCUUUUCAUAAUUUUUACCAAUUUAUAUUACUAGUUCCACAGAAAUGGAUAGAAGAUCUUAUUCAUAAUUUUUAGCAAUUUAUACAUGCAUUUAUUGUAUUUUGUAAACAUGCUUUAAGGUCAUUUUGUAACAUGAAUAGAAUAUUCAAUCCAAUAUUUCUUAUUUA